UACUCGUACGAGUCGUAACCCCAUUUCUCUUGAACUGAGAGAAGACGACCGAAAAGAUUCGCUUCUCAGGCGAAGGAAGAACUUGAUUCAUCUUCUCGGAAAUGGCGAUAUCUGGGAAUCUGAGGAUCUCCGCGAGCUUAGUUUCUCCUUAUCACCGCCAUCCUAAAUGCCUCUCGUUACCUUCUUCCAAGGUUGAUUUCAUAAGCAGUGUCGCACACAGUUUGGAAACGCAGAAAUGUCCUGGAGUGUCGAUCAGCCGCCAAAGCAGACGUGGUGAAGCGAAGGUUUUAGCAAGGAACACCACGGGAGACGAUGAACUCUCACCAAGCCCGGUUCAGCAAGAGGUAGAGACCUUUCUCUUGAACGCCAUCAACAUGAGCUUCUUUGACCGGUUAAACAUAGCGUGGAAGAUCAUAUUCCCGUCCCACGCGUCCAGAAGAAGCUCCAACGCGAGAAUCGCAAAGCAGCGGCUCAAGAUGAUCCUCUUCUCGGACAGGUGUGCGGUCAGCGACGAAGCUAAAAGGAAGAUCGUCAACAACAUCGUUCACGCGCUGUCGGAUUUCGUGGAGAUAGAGUCGGAGGAGAAAGUUCAGCUUAAUGUCUCCACGGACGGUGACCUCGGGACCAUUUACUCGGUCACGGUGCCUGUUAGGAGGGUGAAGCCAGAGUACCAAGACGGGGACGAGGCUGGAUCUAUAACCAAUGUGGAGUACAAAGAUACGCUUGAUGGUUCUGUGGAUGUCAGGUUCGAUUUUUAUGUUCCAGAGUAGUAACAAGGGCACGGUCUUUGUUAGAGUUAAUUUUCUUUGUUUGUCUGUUUUUCGUGUUGUCUGUGAGGGAAAAAAGACAGUUUCUGGACAUUUUCAUUGUAUAUAUUCGACUUCGCUCUUCAAAGUUAAAUCAAAAUGUAGGUUUUUAUCGUA